AUGGAACCACCAAACGAGCUACGUUCGGGUCCAGGGGUUACUACAACCCCCCCAGCUACAAUGACUUUCGGUCCCUUCUUAACGCCCGCAGCCUCCGUCACCCUUCCGUCAACUCUUGUCACCAGUAUAUCUACUCCUACCAUGGAUAACAUCAAUGUUCUUGCUAUGUUAUCGCGGGGAGCAGGCCCCGAAAUGACAAUUGGGUCCUGUACAUGGCCGACUGACCAGACCACUGUCACGGAUUCAAACCACCGCACAACGGUCUAUGCACAGCUUGUCUGCGCGGACAGCGGGAACCGGGCUUGUUGUUUCUUUGGAGGAACUAGCAUUACUCCGUUACGCACGUGUCCAGAAGGUUAUACGACCACUGGGGAGACUGCAUGCUGCCCACUUGGCUGGUCAAUAUUUAGUACUCUGCUCGGCACAACAAUCCCAUGCUAUUCGCAAGUUUCUACCGCUACCCUCCUUUCUACGACUCCAUCAGGGGAAGUUAGUGUCGUCACCAUCCAUACUGCUCUAUUUGCUAUAAAGUACGAUCUUAUUGCCUCCGAAACCGCCAAGUCAUCAGCAUCUCCAGCAUCUUUAGUGGCUGCAACGCCUUCAACGUCUUCAGCAGUUUUCAAACCUUUAGAAAAAUCUCCCACCAGUUCACGGCGGCUAAGCGACAGAGCAAUUGCUGGCGUAGUCAUUGGUUCCGUGUUCGGCGCCGUACUACUUCUAGGGAUUGUCCUCAUUCUUCUACGUCAAUGGAAGUCUCGAAAUUCUGAUCCCGCAAUCACUGUGGAUGACUUAAUCCGGCAGCCAGCUAUAGGUGUCCAUGAGCUCGGCACAACCGAUCACCAGCACCCCUAUAUGCAACCUCGUGACGAGGCGUGGAUGACGAGAACGACAUCUACCAUCCCACUUAAUGACAUUGGUUUCUACUUAUCGACGACUCAUUCAACAAAAAUUGCUCCCACUAUCCGGGCCAUUGAGCCACAAGAGCUGCCGGGGAAUAUGUUCAUCAACGAAUACCAUCCUGCUUAUCGAAAUGAUCCAGAGUCUUGGGAAACUUGA